AUGGAAAAUAAAAGUAAUAGAAGGAAAAAUGUGGGUUCCAUGUUAUAUAAUUAUUACAAUAUAGAGACAAGAAAUAACGUUGAGGAGUUAGAAGAAUGUCGUGAUAAUAAUAGGAACAAUAUAAAUAGGAUAAAUAACAUAAGUAAAAUGAAUAAUUGCGUUGAUGGUAAUAAUUGUUUUGAUAAGAAUGAAAAUAUAAAAGAAAAGAGUACUAUAAUAAAAAGUAGUGAUAAUAAUAGUAUUAAUUUAAGAAGAGAUGAGAAUUAUGAGAAUAUAGAUAAUAAUAAUAUAAAAGAAUGUAAUGAAGAGAAUGCAAUAGAUAAGAUGAAUUAUAUAGAUGAAUUUGAUAUGAAUUGUUCUAAUUUUAAUGUAAAUAAUUAUUUUAAAGAAUUAUUAGAAAAAUCUAGUAUGUAUGAUUUAAUAAAUAAAUCCAAAAAAGUAGAUAAAGAAAUAAAACAAAAUGAUAGCUGUAUGCAAACUUUAAUUUAUGAGAAUUACAAUAAAUUUAUUAAUGCAGCUGAUGCUCUUGUUUUAUUAAAAGAAAAGUUUAAAUGUGUAAAAGAUAAAAUGAAAGAAAUUAAUAAUCAUUUAGAUUAUAUAGAUAAAGAAUCUAAUUUUCUAAAUAAUAAUAUUUUUAAAAAUUAUGAAAAGAUAGAAAAUUUAAUUGAAAUAAAAAAGUUAUUAAAUGAUAUAAAUGAAAUAAUGAAAAUACCAGAAUAUAUGUAUUCUUAUAUUUUAAAAAAAAAAUAUAUGAAAUCAUUGAAAAUGUUUAUUAAGGUCAUUCCCUUUUUUCAUAAGAAUAAAGACCUUGUUAUAUUUCAAAAUUUAUAUCUAGAUUGUAAUAAUUUAGCAAACAUCGCAUGCCAUUUUUUUUUGAAAAAGUUGAAUAAGGAAAAAAAUGUAAGUAAGUUACCUGUGAAGUCUCAUAAAAAGGAUGAUAACAAAUAUCAUAGUAAGAACGAUAUGAAAAGUGAUAUUAGGGAUAAUAACAAAAGUGUACAUCAUUUGGAUGAAAGCAAAAAUUAUUUCUCUUAUAAUAAAUAUUACAUUGAUGAAGGUGAAAAAUGUUUUUAUUUCUUUGAUAAUAAUAAUUUAGAAGAAUCAUUUGAAUCAUUACACUCUUAUGUGUUGUCUAGCGAAGAGGUUGGUGAAUGUUUGAAUUUGGUUUUAUCAUAUGGUAUGGACAGGAAAGAAAUAAAAAAGUUAUAUUUGAAGAAUAGAAUAGAUUGUUUAAAAUAUGUAAUGUAUAAUAUAUUUAGUUUAAAGAAUCAUGGUUUUUUUUUGGUUAAGAAAGCCGAGGAUUUUAAGAGUUCUUUCUUUGAUCCUAAUUAUCAAGAACUUCAUAUUGAUAAAGAAAACAAAAAAAAUGAUCCUAAAAAAAAUGAAUAUAAUAAGAAUAAUGGGAAUACGGAAUAUUUUUAUAACAAUAUAUUCGAAAAUAUAUUUAUAUUGUGUUAUAAACAUCUACUCUAUUUUUUUUUUAGUUUAUUAGAAAAUUAUGAAAAAAUAUUUAUGAAAAGAAAUAAUUUUAUUCAUAAUUUUGAUGGACAUAAAAGUUGCUUUAUAUCAUUCUUUUAUAAAGAAGGAGAGCAUAUUGAUGAUAAAAACUUAAAUAAUAAUAUUGAUUAUUUAAGAUAUUUAAUUAAUAAUUUGGAUGAAUCCCUUCUAGAUAAAAGCGGAAAGAAUCCAUGUGAACAUUAUGUUAUGUCAUAUGAUAAUAAGAAAAAUAAUAUAUCUAUGGAUGAUAGAUAUAAUUAUGAUGAGGAAAAUAAUAAUAAUAAAAAAAAAAAUAAUGAUAAUAAUAAAAAAAAAAAUAAUGAUAAUAAAAAAAAAAAAAAUAAUGAUAAUAAUAAAAACAAUAAUAAUGAUAGAUAUAGCUACCUUGAUAAAUCUUUCAAUUUUAGUAAGAAAUUAUUAUUGAAUGAUUUAUUAAAUAUAGAUGAUGAUAAUAAAAUUAUUGAGGCUUUAGUAGAUAUAUUUUUUAAAGUGUUAUGUAAAAUAACUAUAGAUUAUAUAUAUAUGUUUAAUCCACCCAUAAAAUUGAUUGUAAAAUUAUUAAAAAUGUUUAUAGAUAAUGUAAAUGGUCAUAAUAAUAAUAAUAAUAAUAAUAAAAUAUAUUAUAAAGAUAAGAUAUUAUAUGAUAUGAAUAGAUUUAUUAAGAAGAUAUAUUAUGUAUUAUUAAAAUUAUAUUUUUAUAAUUUAUGCUUUCAUAUAAAUAUAUAUUUAUACACAUAUUUUCAAAACUGUGAUGAAAAAAAGUUAAUAGAUAUUUUAGAAAGUAAAAACGAGUUAAGCCAUUAUAUUCUCUUAAAGUUAUGUUUAACUGUUAUGGACUUUGAACCUUUUUAUGUUGAAAUAAAAUUAGAGAAUAAUUUUUAUGUGAAGCACUUUUUUAAUUUCGUAAUUAUAUAUUUAGAAUCCUUAUUAAGACAUAUUGAUUCUUUUAUAUAUUAUUUUGUGUGUGUACAUGAGAAGAGUAGUUUUAUUCAAGAAGGGGAUGUAUUAAAAUAUAUUAAAGAUGAACAUAAAAAGGAGUAUACUAAGGAUUCUACGUUUAGUAAUAAUAAGGGUGAUGAUAAUAUUCGUCAUAAUUAUAUUCAUAGUAAUGAGGAUAUUCAUGGUAAUACCCAUUUCGAUAAGCAUCCUAGUAAGGAUUUUCCUUAUUUUAUGUACGAAUCUGCAGAGAAUAUUAUUUAUGAAGAUAAGGAAAAUAUAUUUACACAUAAAAAUUUAUAUUAUAUGAUCGAUGAAGAAAAUACAAUACAUUGCAAACAUCUAAAGAAAAAGGAUGAGCCAUUAUGUGGAUUUUAUAAAAAGUUAAAGAAUUAUUUAUAUUCAUCAGUGUGUGUGGAUAAUGUUCACAUGAAAAACAUUUUAGUAGAAAUAAAGAAAUAUAUGAAGAUGGAAUAUACAAUUUUUUUGACACACAUAACGGGUUUUUUAAAAUUUGGAAAGAUAAAAAAGAUAAAGGAAAUAUAUUUUUUAUUAUGUCUCGUAUGGAUAUUUCAUAAUAUUAAAAGGGAAGGUGUUUCUAAAAUAUUUAAUGUUAUAACGGAUAUGUAUAAAGAAGCAAAUGAUUUAAUUAAUGGAUAUAAAAGGAUAGAUAUGGGGUGUAGCUUGGAUUAUCUUCUUCAUAAGGAUAUAUAUCCAUUUAUUAAAGAAUCGGAAAAGGAAAAGGAAAAUAAAAAAAAUAAAAAAAAUAAAAAAUUAAAAUUAAAGGAUGAUAAUAGUAUUAAUUUUGAUAAUGAACAAAGAUUGGAAUAUACGAAUGGUGCUCAUAUAUUUAUGAAUAAAAAUAAUGAAAAAAGUGAAGAUAAAAAAAUAAAAAAUUUAACGUUUACAUAUAAUGAGGAGGAAAAGAAAAAUAAAUUAUAUGAGUAUAAUUUUGAUCAUAAUAAUAUAUGUGGUGAUAAUAAUAAUAUAUGUGGUGAUGAUAAUAAUAUAUGUGGUGAUGAUAAUAAUAUAUGUGGUGAUGAUAAUAAUAUAUGUAGUGAUGAUAAUAAUAUAUGUGGUGAUGAUAAUAAUAUAUAUGAUGAUGAUAAUAAUAUAUAUGAUGAUAAUUAUAACAUAUAUGAUGAUGAUUAUAACAUAUAUGAGGAUGAUAAUAAUAUAUACGACAAUAAUCAUAAUAAUAAUAAUAAUAAUAUAUAUGAUAAUUAUUCCCAUGAAAGGAAUACAAAAAAUAUAAUUAUAAAGAUGACAAAGGAUCAGGAAGAGAAAAGACAAAAUAUUAAUGAUAAGAAUAGAAAAAAGAAAUAUGUUAUAGGGAUAAGUAAUUUUGUUAAAUAUAAAUUUAAUGAAAAGUGUAACGAAUUAACAAAUGUGUUUAUUUCGUAUUAUAUUAAUACAAUAUCUAAUCAUAUCAAAUUAUAUGUAGAAAAGGACACAUAUGAAGAAGAUACUAAAAGCAAUAUUGUUAGUUACAAUUUUGUAUAUUGUAUGAAACAUAUAGAUAUAUUUUAUAAGUAUUUAAAAUAUUUUAUAUAUCAGAAUAAAUCACAAAGUGUAAUAAAUUUUGAAGGACAGGAAAGAGAAUAUGUUUUUAGUGAUAUGUAUGAAAAAAUUGAAGAAGAGUUUCAGGAAUUAGAAAAGAAAUAUCUAAAGGAUAAAUGUAUGACACUAGUAAAGAAUAAUAAUGGAACGGAUAUAGGAAUUGUUGAACAGAAUAAUAGUGUUCUUUAUACGGACAACAAUUUGGUUGAUCAAAAUAACCAUAUGGUUGAUCAAAAUAACCAUAUGGUUGAUCAAAAUAACCAUAUGGUUGAUCAUAAUAACCAUAUAAGGGGAAGGAAAUAUAUUUUGAAUGAUAAGGAAUAUAAUGAGGAUAACAAAAUGUCAAAUGUUAAUAGAAAAGAACAGAUUAUGGAGAAUAAUAACCUCCUUUUUGAUAUGAAUAAGGACGAGAAAAAUUUAGAGAUGUAUAUGUAUAAAUUAUUUAUGUUGAAGAUGAAGAAUUAUAGAAAAAAACUUCCAACAGAAAUUAAUAAAAUACUUCUUUUAAUUAUUAAAAUUGUGUUCAAAAAUUAUAUGGAAUAUAUAAGAAAGUGUCAUAUGAAUGAGAAAAAGUUAUACAAAAUGCAAAUUGACUUUUUCUUUUUUUAUCAUUGUUUAAAACAUUACAUACCUUGUGAUGAUGAAAAUGUAUUAUUUGUUAUCCUAAAUGAAGUGUUAAUAAAUGCAAAGGGUAGAAUUAGAGGAAUACAAAAUAAAAGAGAUGAGGAUGAUGGUGCUUCAUCAUAUCAAGGAUAUUUAUUACUGGAUGAUAUUCAUAUUGAUUUGGAAGAAAAUAAAUUAUUUAUAUUGAAAAUGUUUAAAGAGUAA